AUGGCUCGCUCUGGCGCCGUGUCCGUCGCGGUGGUUGGCAGCAUGGCUAUUGCCUCCACGGGAUUCGUUUCCCUGCAAACGAGCAGUCCAGACAAGUUGAAACCACAGGAAGUGAGUUCUCUCAGAGGCAGUGCAGCCAACAGCAGCGGAACAUCCUCAUCCGGCGCAACCAUGCCGUACGCACUCGUCCUUGGUGCUGCAGCAGUCGGAGUUUGGACCUCACCAAAGUCAGCAUUUCCAUUUUCAGUUCGAGCAGCGACUGCUCUCUGCACCGAAGCAGCCGUAAAGCCCGGAGCUUGGUACUGGCUUGGCAGUGAUGCUUGGUCACAUGAUGUCACAUGUUCAUCAGACGGGCAAAGCAGUCCAAGCUUGGCUGGCAAUGAGGUGGGCCAGUCAAGGGCCUCAGCAGUGGUCCGUCGUGCCGAUGCCAAGGUCCCUCACGUGAACAUCGGCACCAUUGGCCACGUUGACCACGGCAAGACCACUCUGUCAGCCGCAAUUUCUCUGGUCUGCGGCCAGUUCAGCACGUCUGGUGACACUGCGCAGAAGUCCUAUGAGGAGAUCGACAACGCUCCGGAGGAGCGCUCCCGUGGUAUCACUAUCAAUGCCUCCCACAUUGAGUACGAGACUCCAAACAGGCACUACUGCCACGUGGACUGCCCUGGACACGCAGAUUAUGUCAAGAACAUGAUCACAGGAGCAUGCCAGAUGGAUGGAGGAAUUCUGGUGAUCUCUUCACCAGAUGGACCCAUGGCUCAGACUCGUGAGCACAUUCUUCUGUCGAAGCAGGUGGGUGUGCCAAAGCUUGUCUGCUUCAUGAACAAGGUUGACAUGAUGGAUGAUGAGGAGCUUUUGGAGCUGGUUGAGCUUGAAACCCGCGAGAUGACUGGAGCUCAGUACACGUGA